UACUAGCUGGGCGACCCAAACUCAAACCGAUCCAAACUCGAUCAGCUAAACCUACUCGUACAAAGACUCAACUAGUACUACUCGGACCAGAGCUGACUACAUGGCAUGCAAAGCCAAACCGACUAGGAAACUUACCUAAUUAACCUGACUAGACUUAAACGCUAACUCCUGUAUUAGAGGCUAGAUUAUUGCUAACACGGCCGGUGUGAGCAGUGUGCCUCGAUCAUCUCUGUCCGUCCGUGUGUGUUGAGUACGUGCUGGAUCAUGGGCGUGGGGAAGAAGGUGCUGGACGACGUGAAGCCGUACAUGAUGAUGGUGCUGCUGCAGAUUGGGUACGCCGGCAUGUACAUCGUCUCCGUCGCCUCGCUCAAACAGGGCAUGAGCCACUUGGUGCUCGUCACCUACCGCAACAUCGUCGCAACCGCCGUCAUGACGCCCUUCGCCCUCAUCUUCGAGAGGUUCAGGGGACUGAGACCGAAGAUGACAAUGCCCAUCUUCGUCAAGGUCUGCAGCCUCACGUUACUCGAGCCUGUGAUUGACCAGAACCUGUACUACCUCGGCAACAAGUUCACCUCCGCGAGCUUCUCCUCUGCGCUGGUCAACAUCCUCCCCACCGUCACCUUCAUCAUGGCCAUCAUCCUCCGGAUGGAGAAGCUCCGAUUCCGGAGCCUCCACAGCCAGGCCAAGGUCGCCGGCACCAUCUGCACCGUCACCGGCACGGUGCUGAUGAUCAUGUACCACGGCCCCGUGGUGCAGUUCCCGUGGGCUCACCACGCCGACCCGUCCGCGGCCGCCGCCGCCCAGAGCAGCGCCACCUGGCUCGCCGGCACCGUCAUGAUCAUCGCGUGUUGCGUCGCUUGGGCCGGCUUCUUCGUCCUCCAGUCAAACACGCUGAAUAGCUACCCGGCGCCGCUGACGCUGACGUCGAUAAUCUGCGCGAUGGGUGCCGUGGUAAACGCCGCAGUUACGCUGGUGGCGGAGCGCCGGAACAUGGGCGCCUGCUGGGUCAUCGGCCUCGAUACCCGCCUCUUCACCGUCGUCUACUCCGGCAUCGUGUGCUCCGGCGUGGCGUUCUACUUGCAGGGGCUGGUGACCAAGACGCGCGGCCCGGUGUUCGUGACGGCGUUCCAGCCACUCUGUAUGCUCAUCACCGCCGUCAUGGGCUCCAUUCUCCUCAAAGAAGAGACCACGCUAGGAAGUUUCUGUGGUCACAGUGUGAUUGGCGCAGCGAUCAUAGUGCUCGGCCUCUACUCCCUCAUCUGGGGCAAGAGCAACGACAUCCUCGACAGCAAGACGGCCGCCGAGAAUCUGGCCCUGCCGCUCACUUCGGUCGUCGCCAACGGCAACAGCAGUAACGGCGGCGCCAAUGGUGGCAGGCAUGUCGCCGAUCGAUGACGUGGAGACACCGGAGCUGGUGAAGGGUGUGAUCUGCUACUAGCUAGCUGUGGCCAUCCGUUGUAUAUCGCGCGCAUGCAUUUCGUCGAUCUCUCGUGUAUGAUCAAGCUAGAGUAACUUGUAAUGCAGAAAAGAAGUUGCAUGUGUCCUACGUUGGUCUAGUUUCUUAUUUUACAUUUUGACUUUGAGAUCUAUAUAUGUAGCUGGGUAAUAGACCAGCCUGUGUCGUGCGUGCAUGUAGUGCUGCUUCCCUCUGCUAUUGUAGAGAGGGAAUUAAUUUACUACUUUUGAUUGAA